AUGCAGGUCAAGGCUGGACUAUUGUUGAUCGCCUCGGCAGUGGCCGCUGUAGCUUCAAGCGCGCGCAGCGAAGUGCCAACUGAGCGAUCGUACCUGUAUGUUGGAGGAGGAUACAUUGAGAACAGCGAUGGCGAGCACCUCUUCGCGGAGCAGAUGUACGUGGAGAAAUUGACUCCAUCCGGGGGAGCUACAAAGCCAUAUCCAAUUGUCUUCAUCCAUGGCCAAGCUCAAACAGGCACUAACUGGCUUAACAAGCCUGAUGGAGGAGAAGGCUGGGCCUCGUACUUCGUCUCGCAAGGCUAUGAAUGCUUCCUUAUCGAUCAGACCUUCCGUGGCCGUAGUGCAUGGAUCCCCGGCAAUGGAACCCUGAGCACUUACAGCGCCGAGAUCUUGCAAGAGCGCUUCACAGCACCAGAGCGUUACAAGCUCUGGCCCCAGGCAUCCCUGCACACCCAAUGGAACGGAACCGGUGUCAUGGGCGACGAGAUUUUCGACACCUACUAUGCAUCGACUGUUGAGUUCAUGAGCUCAGCAACCUACCAGGAAUCGACCGUCCAGGCUGCUGGUGCCGCUCUUCUCGACAAGAUUGGAUCCCCGGCUAUCCUUCUCUCCCACUCCCAGGGUGGAGUUAUGCCCUGGUUGCUUGCUGAUGCGCGCCCGGACCUCGUCCACUCCAUCGUCUCUCUCGAACCCACGGGUCCUCCAUUCCAGGAAGCCGUUUUCAGCACCACCGCUGCGCGUCCAUACGGACUUACCGAUAUCCCUCUGACUUACUCGCCCGCCGUCACUGAUCCAUCAGUCGACCUCGUGAGACAAACUAUUCUUACAAACUCGACUAUGCGUUCCAACUGCACUAUCCAGGCCAACCACCCAGCACCAAGACAGCUUGUCAACCUCGCCAAGGUUCCUGUAUUGAUCAUGACAACCGAAUCAUCUUACCAUGUGCCGUAUGAUUGGUGCACAGUCCGUUUCCUUGAGCAGGCAGGUGUCAAUGUGAAGCACCUCCAGCUGGCCGAUGUCGGCAUCCACGGCAAUGGACAUAUGGUGUUCAUGGAGAAGAACAGCUUGCAGGUUGCUGCAGUACUGCAGAAGUGGAUGGAGAAAAGUAGUGCGUGA